AUGAUGUCAAUAAUUAUAUUUCGUAACGUAUUUCGUCGAAUAACUUUGUCAGCUAAUGUUGCUAGUAGUAUCAGUAGCAAUGAUGUAUUAGUUGACAAAGUUCAACAAUUAAUAAAUAAUCAUAAAGUGAUUAUCUUUUCAAAAACGUUUUGUCCUUAUUGCAUAAAGGCAAAAGAAAUUCUUGGUAGAUACAAAUUACACGAUUACAAAAUAGUUGAACUUGAUGAAAUUCCUAAUGGAAAUGAAUAUCAAAAUAUAUUAGAGAAAAUAAUAGAUGCUAAAACUGUUCCACGAAUAUUUAUUGAUGGAAAAUGUAUUUGUGGUUGUGAUGAUACGCUAAUAUUACAUCGAAAUGGAGAUUUGGAGAAAAUAUUAAAACAAAUCAAUACAAUUUAA